CAAGGCUGAACCAGAUGUUAAAAAGAAAAACAAGAAGAACUUUGGGAAAGCACAAUUUCGGAACUCCUCUAAAGGAUAUGAAAAUACUCCAGAGUCUCGGGCUGCUCGUGAUCAAUAUUCGGACAAUGUCAGGACAGGUUAUCAUGCCAUUUAUUCCGCUGGAGCAGCCACCAUAUACGAGGAACUGAAAGGAAAGGGAAUUAUCCCAGACCCGAGGCCUGUGAGAACUCUUGAAGACAAGUUGGAUAAAACUCGGUACUGCGCAUACCAUAAAUCUCCAGGACAUAAUACCGACGAGUGUCUUGGUCUUCUGUCGGCACUCUUACGUUUAAUCGGACAACCCCAGCUUCAAAAGUUUCGAAAUUUUGAUAACCGCCGGAAAGGAAGGCCCUUAGAUCUUUCAGACGACGAAGAUGAGGACAACCGACCUGCUAACCAGAAAAGGGCUCGUGCAAACGAUAAGGAAGUUUUUACGUUUUCUACUCAUGUCGGAACUUCGACCGACAACCACAGGAAACCUAAGAUACAUGAUCCCGCAGAUUUUUCACAUUGCAUACCUCGAGUCAACUCCAAUAACAAACAGUUAGAUACGUCUCGACGGAAAGUCAAAGCUUAUGCUCGGGAGGCUCAGAAUGCUGAGAAACGAGUCAUGAAUGUUGAUCUCCGAGAUACCAUUAACAAACGGAAUUUCCCUAUUACGUUCA